GUGCAACAAUUCCCAUUUUAAAAAAUAUAUAUAUUUAUUUUGUUUUUUUUGGGGGGGUGGCAAAAUGGGGCGGCGCGAGCCUUCAUCACAAGUGAAGGCAUGAGAAUCGGGAGAGGAACACAGAGCUGAGCUGCAGAGGCUCCAUCCCCCCGCGAAGGGUCCAGUCCGCGCGCCUUGUUCUUCAUGUGGGAGAAGCCUGUUUUGUGACAAUGGAUUACUUGCUGUGGCUGUGCAGCCUCGUCGUGCCCGCCGUGCUGGCUGUAGAAGAAACCCUUAUUGACAGUCGGUGGGCCACCACAGAGCUCGCAUGGACAACGUUCCCAGAGAGCGGGUGGGAGGAGGUCAGCGGCUACGACGACUCCAUGAGCCCAAUCCGAACCUACCAGGUGUGUAACGUCCGACAGCCCAACCAGAACAACUGGCUCAGGACGGACUUCAUCCCCCGCAAGGGCGUGCUGCGCGUCUACGUAGAGCUCAAGUUCUCCGUCCGUGACUGUGCGAGCAUCCCCAACAUCCCCGGCUCCUGCAAAGAAACCUUUAACCUCUUUUACUAUGAGUCGGAGGGGGACACUGCUACAGAAGCCAGCCCCCUGUGGAGGGAGAACCCCUACGUGAAGGUGGAUACUAUUGCCCCGGACGAGAGCUUCUCUCUGCUUGAGGCGGGCAGGAUCAACACCAAAGUGCGCAGCUUUGGCCCCCUCUCCAAGGCCGGCUUCUACCUGGCGUUCCAGGACUUGGGCGCCUGCAUGUCUCUCAUCUCGGUCCGGGUUUUCUUUAAGAAGUGCUCCACAACCAUCGCCAAUUUCGCUGUGUUCCCCGAGACCGCUACGGGGGCGGAGGCCACCUCUCUGGUGAUCGCUCCUGGGGCAUGCGUGACCAACGCCAUGGAGGUGUCCGUCCCCCUGAAGCUGUACUGCAACGGGGACGGCGAGUGGAUGGUUCCCGUCGGCUCGUGCACCUGCGUCGCUGGCUUCGAACCUUCUGCGGACGGCACUCAGUGCCAAGCUUGCAUCCCCGGGACCUUCAAAUCCAAAUACGGGGAGGGAUCCUGUACUCCCUGCCCACCCAACAGUCGCACCAGCGCACGGGGAGCCAACAUUUGUCCCUGCCAGAGUGGUUUCUACCGCGCCGACAGCGACCCGCCGGACUCCGCCUGCACCACAAUACCCUCGGCGCCGCAGAACGUUAUAUCCAGCGUGAACGAGACGUCGCUGUCCUUGGAGUGGGAGGACCCCGAGGACACGGGCGGGAGGAGCGACCUCGUCUACAACGUGGUGUGCAAGAAAUGCCUGCGGGACCGCAGCCCCUGCACGCGCUGCGACGACAACGUGGACAUCGCCCCUCGCAGGCUGGGCCUGAGGCCCAGGAAGGUGGUGGUGCGAAACCUGCAGGCUCACACCCGCUACAGCUUCGAGGUGCAGGCCGUCAACGGGGUCUCUGGGAAAAACCCCACCUCCCCCAGCUACUCCACGGUCAACAUCACCACCAACCAAGCCGCUCCUUCAGCGGUGCCCACCGUCCAUCUGAUGCGCUCCACCUCCGACGCGCUCAGCCUGUCUUGGCUGCCGCCCGAGAAGCCCAACGGGGUCAUCCUCGACUACGAGAUUAAAUACCACGAGAGGGGCCAGGCCAUGUCCCACACCGUCACGUCCCAGCACAGCUCAGCCAAGGUGGAAGGGCUGCGCGCCGCCACGUCCUACCUGGUGCAGGUCAGAGCUCGCACCGUCGCCGGAUACGGACGCUACAGCAACCCCAUGGACUUCAGCACCAGCCUGCACAGUAACCCUCAGAAGUCCGUGCAGGACCAGCUGCCCCUCAUCAUCGGCUCGGCCUCGGCGGGUCUGGUGGUCAUCGUUGCCUUGGUGGUUAUCGCUGUGGUUUGCCUUAAGAAGCAGCGCAGCGGCUCAGAGCUCGAGUACACCGAGAAAUUGCAGCAAUACAUUUCUCCAGGGGUCAAAGUGUACAUCGACCCUUUCACCUACGAAGACCCCAACGAUGCCGUCCACGAGUUUGCCAAAGAGAUAGACAUAUCCUGCGUGAAAAUAGAAGAAGUCAUCGGUGCAGGUGAGUUUGGGGAGGUCUGCCGCGGACGGCUCAAGCAGUCCGGACGCCGUGAGAUGGUCGUGGCGAUCAAGACGCUGAAAGCCGGCUACACCGAGUGCCAGAGGCGGGACUUCCUCGCCGAGGCCUCCAUCAUGGGACAGUUCGACCACCCGAACGUGAUCCGUCUGGAGGGCGUCCUGACGCGGAGCUGCCCCGUCCUCAUCAUCACGGAGUUCAUGGAGAACGGCGCGCUCGAUUCCUUCCUCAGGCUGAACGACGGGCGCUUCACGAUGACACAGCUGGUCGGCAUGCUGCGUGGCAUCGCUGCAGGGAUGAAGUACCUGUCAGACAUGAACUAUGUUCACCGAGACCUCGCCGCCCGGAAUAUCCUGGUCAACAGCAACUUGGUCUGCAAGGUCUCCGACUUUGGCCUGUCGCGCUUUCUGGACGACACUUCUGCUGACCCCACUUACACGAGCUCCCUGGGAGGGAAGAUUCCCAUCCGCUGGACGGCACCGGAGGCCAUCGCAUUCAGGAAGUUCACCUCUUCCAGUGAUGUGUGGAGUUACGGCAUCGUCAUGUGGGAGGUGGUGUCCUAUGGAGAGAGGCCAUACUGGGACAUGAGCAACCAGGAUGUGAUGACUGCAGUGGAGCAGGACUACCGGCUGCCCCCGCCCAUGGACUGCCCCAUGGUGCUGCACCAGCUGAUGCUGGAGUGCUGGAUGAAGGAGAGGAACCUGAGGCCUAAGUUCUGCCGCAUCGUCAGCACCCUGGACAAGCUGCUCCGCAACGCCGCCAGCCUAAAGGUGGUGACCAGCACCUACUCAGGGGACCUGCUGCGGCUCGGAGGGACGCUGCCGGGACACAACAGGAAGAGCCCGGAAAGCUGUGAGGAAAUAGCUCGGCAACAGAUGAGCCAAACUCUCCCCAUCAGAGUGUGAGCCGCUGCAAACGGGAGGACGCAGAGGGAAUAAAAACUACCUAAAAACUCUGAUGUGAAGAGCGUGAUGUAAAAUAAAAAAAAGAAGGAAAGAAAAGAAGCUACAGAGGGAGAAAGAGGACUGUUUUGGAGAUUUCUUUCCGACUGGAGAUUUAAUGUGCGUUUAAAGAGAACUGUCCAUUGAAGUGUGCGUGUGUGCGUGUGUGUGUGUGUGUUCAUUACUUGACACUUUUGGUUUUGUGACUAUUGACAUAAAGCCAAACUUCCUGUUGCCCCCUCUCAGGUUGUGUUUGCAUGUCUGCAUGUGUUUUCUGCUGGUUGGGAAUCAGUCUUUUCUUCUCAUUCCCCUCAGACUGAGGACCGGAGAGCUCACACAGAUGAUGGGAAUCAAUGCCUACAUGACACAACAGUGCCAAGAUAAAGCAAAAUAAAGCUUUACACUAACUCUUAAGACUGCCCGACAUCUGUAGACCGUCAAUACAAUCACACAAUCAACCUUUUUCUUUUUUUUUUUACCCAACCUGUUCUUUUAUGUUUUUUUUUGUGGGGGGGGAAACCAAGAAAACACACUUUUCAUCUGCUUCCUUUUAAAUACUGUCUUCCACAUGUACUGGGGGACAUACAUGUCACAAAUCUGUACAAAGCAUCCGAGUCUUCACACCGUCUUUCUGUCCGAGGAGAGACGCAACUGACACUAUGCGGGACACGUCAUGUGCAUGCCAAAGUGGAAACUUCUUCAUGAGAAAAGUACAAAUAAGUUCCACAUUAACUGUUGCUUUGGUGGCAUUUUGCUGUGUGGACUUUAACGUCCAUGUUUUCCUAAUCUUAUUUGACUCAUAUAUGCAUUGUUUGAAUGCUAAGUUAUUACGUAUUAUUGCAAAGAGGUGUUUUGCUUUUUUUUAAAGCACCGGGGCUUAACUUUUUUAUUACAAUGCUUGUUUUUUCACACGUUAACAAACCAGACAGACAUGAAUGAGUGAAACUAAGAAGUGAAAUGUUCUGCUCAGACAGAAUAAGCGCCUGUGGUAGUGUUGUGUUGUAUAUUUUAAUUUGGCUAAUGUGUUGCAGAUCAGUGGGAAUUAAAAAGUUCAAUAUCCAGUUUAUAUCUUUGUGACUUAAUAUUGACCUGACCUACAAACACUAAUGUAGAACAAAUCACUCAUUGGUUUAUUUCUUCUGAAAUGUGUUUUCUUCAGCAAGCUGUCAGUGCAGUUCCUAUCUAAAACAACUGCCUGUAUAUAAUACUAUAUUUCUAUUUGACCAGCCAGCUCAGUAUUUACAACCAUCUGACCUGAUGCUGGCCUCUAUGACCCUCGUUUAUAUGCUUGUUUGGUUAUUGUAAAGGAGCAAACGAUUGGAGAAAUUUCCGUUUAAAUGGUCAUUACAUAUCUGAAACUAUAUGUCACCAAGAAAGAAGAAACUGUGUGUCUGUUAGGACAGACUUUUUCCUGUGCAAUUAAAGGUGUAUUAGAUUGUAAAAAAGCGAAGAAAAAAAUCAAGAAAACUACAACAAAAAAUAAGCAUUUCUCUUUCAGUAUUUUUACGAUAAUCAUAUGCAAAUAAAUUAUUAAACAGA